GUUACUGGCCAAAUGGCAGUUUCUGACAUUAAGCCAAAAUUUAAGCUGGAUCCUCUAACAAAAAUACCCAGCGCCCAUGGCAAGAGGGAUAAAGUUUUACCAGGAUCUUUCCCAUGCCAAUUAGGGCACAAAGAAAGGAAGUUGAGUGCUUCACAAAUUCAAGCCUUCCAAGAUGCCUACAACUUCUUUACCAAGGAUAAAACCUGCUGUAUUGAUUUUCAUGGAAUGAUGUGCACUUUAGCUAAGGUGGGAAUGCAUCUAACCAAGCAUGAUGUCUAUAAUGAAUUAAAAUAUGCUGAUAUUGACGGAGAUGGGAAAGUGAAUUUCUCAGACUUUAUAAAGGUGCUGACAGAUAAGGACCGCUUCCUUAGAGCUGUGGUUCCAGAAAAAGACAAGUGUUUAGAUUUUGCUGGCAACCCAGGGAUCCUGUUGUUUGAAGUUCUAUCAAAGCUUGUAGAGAUUUCAGCCUUACCCAGAAAGGCUAUAAUAGAAUUAGUAAGCUAUUUUCAAAGAAAAUUCCAAGAAACCACUGCAGGAAUAUUGUGGAAUCCCUCCCCUACAGAUUAUAGAAAAAGGAGAUUUAAGGCAGACAUAUGCACACCUCUGACCUCAAGCACAACUGCCUUUGCUAAUGCUACUCGGAUUGCAAUAAUGAAAGAAAAGGAUUUAUUCAAAUAUCUUGAGGAGCUCAGGAGAUGCAAUCCUCCUUCAGAUAACCCAUAUUCAAAAAUACCCGUCUUUCCGUUGUUUCCUAAUGUGGAUGGGCUGGUAGUGGGAAAGCCAUUCAAAGACAUGCAUAAAUUAGAAAUGCUUAGGAGAAAGGAGCCUCUAAGUUUCUUUGAUAACUACUUUUUCCAUAAAAGAGAUUGGAAAACACAGGCAGCAAAUAUAAAGCUUAUCGACUCUCCCUCCGGCUACCCAACUGAGAUCCUCACCAUUGACCAAAUGUUGAAGAAAAAGCAGAAAUGGACAGUGGCUGAGGCAGCUGUUCUUAAACCGCAUGUGAAGAGAGCUAUAGAAAUCUAUAAUUUAGGAACUGCUCUUGAGCACCGGAAAGAAAUGCUAAAUUUCUGGCAUAAGAUCCGAGGGGAUUUGGUUGGAGUAGACACUAAAAAUGAGUCCUUUUAUGAAACCUUUUCUACUUAUACAUGGUCCUGGAAUGUUUGCCAAGAAUUACUUUCCCCAAAGGACUUAAGGUUGUUUGACGCCUGCAUGAAUAGAAAUUCCUUCCACAAUUCUUCAGUCUCUUCCUCUUCGGAUACCAGUGAAUGUGACAUAGAAACAGGAAGAAAAAGAAAACAGGAUGGUUUCAAAGGGUCUCGACAAUGA